CUGUGUUGCAAGUUCAUAAUUAUAUGCAUGCUACCAGAUUCUCUACUCUAAAAUAAACUUGUAACUUAACUGACAUCACAGCAGGCUCCAGUUUAAGCAUCUCCAGUCAUGUCUAUUCAGAUAAGUGAAGGUGUGUCUAAGGUGAUUGUGAGGGAAGGCUCUGGCAACACUCCAGCAGCAGGGAGCAAGAUUGUUGUGCAGUGUACAGGAUCACUCAAUACCAACCCUCCCAAGAAAUUUUGGAGCACCACGGACGCUGGACAGAAGCCUUUUUCGUUUAACGUAGGCCUUGGCCAAGUCAUCAAAGGAUGGGACGAGGGUUGUAUGACCAUGAAGCUUGGAGAGGUGGCUAAGAUCACUAUUGCUGGUCACAAAGGCUACGGAGCAAAUGGCUUUCCAGCAUGGGGAAUCACACCAAAUGCUGAGCUAUUGUUUGAGAUCGAGAUCCUCUCCAUCAACUGAACUGGACGUUAAUAGACUUUAAAUUGUGUGAAAAAUCACUUGAAAACUUGUGUAUUUUGUCAUUAUUAUUUUCACACUAG